AUGUCUGCAUCCGUUUCCGCCUCCGCCUCCUCCAACCUCCCAUCCGACUCUCGCUCGGGGCCCCUCCGUCGCCUAAGCCAACUGCGUGCCUACACCCAACUGCACUUUUCCGCGCAGCCCUCCUCCUCCUCAUCCUCCUCCAACGCCCCUCGUGUCUCGCGCCGUCAUACGCUCGGCAAUCGAGUUUCCUGGUUUUCUCCCGCCUCCACCGGAACCGAGUCUGCCCACCUCACGCCUGUGGGGACAACCAACUCGGGCCCAUGCCCGGAAACUGAACAGCCGUCCACCUUCGCCCGCUAUAGUUCCGUUUUUUUCCCCAGCUACCGCGGCCUCGACAUUGACCUGCGCUCGUCUCUCCCCCAUCCCGAGUCCGCCAGCUCAUCCCCGUCCAACGAUACCAUGUCGCGGCCGAGGGGAUCUUCCCAGGCGCUCGAUGUGAGGCCCGACCUCGAGGGAUCCAGCCCCUCAGGAUCAGGCAAUCUCCACGCGGGCGCCCUGGAGUCGGCCGACCCCGUCAUGUCGGAGAAUCCGUCCACCUCGUCCCCGCGACCGAAGCAGAAGGCCACCAUCCGCUUCUUCUCCCACCAGGACUCCCACCAGAGCUCGCGACCCUCCCUGCCCUUCAUCCCGGUCUCGCGCACGUUGCCGUCCGAAAGUUGCGUCAUCCGCGUGGGGCGAUACUCCGAGCGCGAUGGGCUGCCCGUGGCCAACCCGACCGAGCCCUCCGAUGCUCCCGUGGGGUUCAAGUCGAAGGUCGUGAGUCGGAAGCAUUGCGAGUUUCUAUACCUGAACGGCCAGUGGCACGUCAAGGAUGUCGGAAGUUCCUCAGGGACGUUUCUGAACCACAUGCGACUGAGCCAGCCCAACAUGCCGUCUCGGCUGUACAGUGUGAAAGAUGGCGAUAUCGUGCAGCUGGGGAUUGACUUCCGCGGAGGCGAGGAGAUGAUCUUUCGCUGCGUGCGCAUACGGAUCGAGUGUAACCGGUCCUGGCAGCAGCAGCCGAACGAGUUUAACAAAAACACGGAAAGUCUAAUCAAGAACCUGGGCAAGGGAGAAACGGCGGACUACUCUGGGUGUCGGGAAUGCUCGAUCUGUCUGGGAUCUGUGCUGGUUCCUAAUGUCUUGAAGCGGCCUUACCAGUGUCUGUUCAUGGCGGCCUGCGCGCACGUCUGGCAUUACAAAUGCGUCAGUCGUCUCAUCCACACGCCCGACUACCCCAUGUUCCAGUGCCCGAAUUGCCGCGCCUAUACCGAUCUGAGCGCCGAGGUCGAUGAUACGAACGAUAUUGAGGAGGAAGCCAAACAAGCUGCGUCGGCGGAGAAGCAAGGCUCGUCCGAAGCCUCUCGGUCGGGAACGCCCUCCCACCAGCCGGAAGCCGAGCCCGCCCGGGAAGCGGUACAGAGCUCGUUUGACGACCACCGAUCGGGCAGUCUGCCGGUCGAGGCGGGUCUGGCUGCCAAUAUUGAGAACAUGCACCUUCACGACACCGAUGCGUCGGACGCGGAACCUGCGCCCGCACCAACUUCGAAUCCCGAGGCCACCCUCUCCAACGGCAGCGAGGUCCCUGGCUGGCAGUCUCUGACCCAGACCCCCAGCACGAUUCAGACCCGACAGCCACACCUGCGCGCCGAUACCCCGGUGCGAUCGGAGUCGUCGGACGACAAUCCCCUCACGCCCCUGAAUGAUUCCGGCCCGUUGGCGCUCGACGGGCGAGCGGCCGUGCCUUGA